AGGUUCUUGAUGAAAUGCACCAACGAGACGGUCACGAUCGAGCUCAAGACCGGCACCAUCGUCAACGGCACCAUUGCCUCCGUCUCCCCACAGAUGAACACCAACCUCCGCAACGCCAAGAUGACUCCCAAGAAUGGCUCUCAGAUCUCGCUCGACCAUGUCAGCAUUCGUGGUAGCGAGAUUCGGUACUACAUCCUCCCAGACUCGUUGCCGCUCGACACGCUCCUUAUCGACGAUGCGCCCAAGCCAAAGAACAAGGCACGCAAGGAGCAGGACAAGACUGCUGGUGGCGCUGGUGGCAUGAGAGGUGGACGUGGCGGCCCCCGUGGUGGUGGUGGCAGAGGUAGGGGAAGGGGUCGGGGACGAGGUGGUCGAGGAUUCUGA